AUGCCAGAGUCACAAGGAGUGAAGACAGAUUUAGCGAGGAGAGCGUGGGAUUUGUCCCGAAGCCAGGAGGGUGAAUGGGCACCUCAUGAGAAUACCCGCCAAAAUAGUUGUACCCGCGCCAAAAAUGUCAACUGGAGUCGACCGGGGGAGUACCCUCCUAGAAAAGGUAACAUUUCGAAACGAGUUAUCCAAUUGGAACAGAUUGCGGUGCAGCGUAUGCUUGUCAAAUCUGCGGGGAGGAUGUCCGACAUGUACGCUGCACAAGAUAAACAUCGCAGCUGUAAGCCCUGCGGGACACCUGCUUCUGAACCCGAGGAUAAUGUAUUCCAGGUUUACCCAAGAGGAACCCCCUUCAGUCCUCGAGGGAGGAGCAGCCAUAACUUUGGAAUAA